GGCGAGUUUUAAAAAAUCAGGGGAGAGAAGUCGGGUCGCAUGAGAGGAAUCUUCUGGAACGACAGACCGACAAAAAAGUGGUCGCUAAUGUGUGCUCUUGCCUCCCCCCCCUCUUCCCUUCCCCAGCUCGGUCUCGGCCUCGGCCUCGGCCUCGGCCUCUCCCCCUGUAAAGAAAACCCAUCCCGGUAGUUCCUGAUCUCCCGCCCCGAGAAAGCCGAAAAAACUGAAAAUUUGCAGAACCAGUGAUCCAAUCUGACAGGGCCUCGCCCAGAAAUGGAGGAGGAUGCUCAGGAUCAGCACAAUCAAUCCAAUGGUUCAAAUGAUGAUAAUCCAAAUGAUGAUAAUGAAAUCAUCACUGAGAGUUCCGCAGUUGUGCGUGAUGAACCUCUCCGAGAUGACAAAGGUCCCCCAAAAGUUGACUCUGAGGUGGAGGUCCUUCACGAAAAAGUCAAGAAGCAAGUUGUUAAGGAGGGUCAUGGUCAAAAGCCAGCAAAAUUUGCGACAUGCUUUUUACACUAUAGGGCAUGGGUCGAAAACUCUUCACACAAAUUUGAAGAUACGUGGCAGGAACAGCGACCAGUUGAACUUAUCUUGGGAAAAGAAAAAACAGAAAUGACGGGGUUGGGCAUAGGUGUGGCAAGCAUGAAGAGCGGAGAGCAUGCGCUGUUACAUGUGGGUUGGGAACUAGGCUAUGGAAAAGAAGGAAGCUUUUCAUUCCCAAAUGUGCCCCCUAUGGCAGACCUUUUGUACGAAGUCGAGCUUAUUGGUUACGAUGAAGCCAAAGAAGGGAAAGCCCGAAGUGACAUGACAGUAGAGGAAAGAAUUCAAGCAGCUGAUGGAAGGAAGAUGGAAGGAAAUUCUUACUUUAAGGAAGAAAAGCUUCAGGAGGCUAUGCAGCAGUAUGAAAUGGUUGUCAACUAUAAGUCACCUGGCUUUGUUCAUAUUUGUUUUCUUUUAUUAUUUUCAGUUUUGCAGGAAGUCAUAAUGAAUGUUUCCUUCUUUUGUCAGGCAAUAGCAUAUAUGGGUGAUGACUUCAUGUUCCAAUUAUUUGGAAAAUACAGGGACAUGGCCUUGGCUGUGAAAAAUCCAUGUCAUCUUAACAUGGCUGCGUGCUUAAUUAAGCUAAAUCAAUACGAAGAAGCCAUUGGACAAUGUAGUAUUAGACCUGAUAAAUAGGUGAUUCCUAUAUGCACGUCAUAUUGGAAGCUGCAUGUCAUAUUUGAAGCUAUGUUUUCCUUUUUCCUUUUAGAUAUUAUCAUGUAGUUUGUCUUUCCUUUUCAAGUUUUUCUAUUAAAAUUCACUCACUAUCUCUUUCCUAAAACAAGAGUUCUUCUCUACUCCCAUGGAGCAGUGGCAUAAGGUAAUUUUAUUUUCAAGCAUUUUGUACAAAUUGUAGAGUGUUGACAUCAUGUUGGAAACUUGUUGCAAAUUGUUCUCAAAAUUCAAAAAAGUAUACUAUGAAUCAAUAGGCUGACCACAUGUAAAUGGGACAAAGUUUGUUUUUUGAUGUUAACCUAAAUGCUUUAUGGGAAUGUUGAACAAUAAGAUGGGCACAGACAUGUUCACUAGGUUUUGCAAAGCUAUGAGUAUUGAAUUGUACAUGUGACAAACAAAACUGGAAUGAUAAAUUAAAACGCUCAAGGAAGCUUAUAUGUUACUCCAGAUGGAUUUGAAGUGAUGAAGAACUCUUUGAACUUGUGCAAGGAAAAACUAGAGAAGGCCUUGGUAGGGUUUGGAAGAGGGUAGACUUACAUAAACCUUGAUGAAGUUGUAAGAUUGGAAUUGGAAUAUCCGUAUCUGUUGAGGGUGUGAACUUUAAUAGGAGUGAGUCCCCAGUGUGGUAAACCUCUUCAGAUAUUGGCUAUUGUAAUCUUUUAGAACUUGAUUUUCCUUUUCUCUUGUAUACCUUAUGAGAAAGGAAAUUUAUGAAAUUUACGGUUCAAUCUUUUAUGGUUUUCUUUUCAACCUUGUUGCCUAUUUUACAUGAUAGUUUUGAUUUUGGAAAGCCGGUGUUGGUUGGCUCUAUAAAGUAUUCUGUCACCACUCUGCAAGAAUGAAGGAAUGUUUUACAUUAUACUCUCUAAGUUGGGCAUCUGAGGGCUGUGCUAUUUUAGUUUUUCUUUACAUGAAGGGUGUCUUGAUCUUGAAAUGAUAAAUUUGUAAAUGUUGUGCACUGAUUAGAGUUUUCUUGCUAUUGAGGUUUAGAGUAUCUUCUUUUGUCCGAAUGUCUUUUAGGACCAAGAAAUUCACGUUAACAGAUGUCAUGUUGAGAUAAAUCUGUUAUUUCACUAAGUUUGUCAAGUGUAAUGGGCUCUCAGGUAUUAUCUGAAGAUGAAAACAAUGUGAAAGCGUUAUACAGA